UGAGCUGAGUGAGACAUCAGAAGGCCACAAAUAAUAUGAAACUCGCUUUGUGCUUCGUGUUGUGCGGAUUCUUGGUUGUCGCAACAACAGGACAAACCACCCUUCCGAUAGUCCUGAAAAAUCUUGGAACAGCCGUCGCUAAUGUUGCCAACACUUUAAAAUCUAACUUUGCCACUGUCCAGCAGCUGGGAGGUGCUAAUGUAGUUUCGGCUUUGAAAAAUCUGGAAGUAGAACUUGGAACAUUUUCCUUCACUUUGUCCGCCAAUGCAGUGAACUUGACGCAAGUUUUGAGCAGUACCGUUACCAACGUUCAAGUCACCUCUGCUUUCAAUAGUCUGACAGUUGCCUUCAUCCAGCUAAACACUGAUCUGGCAACAGCUUUCCGAAUAAAGUCUGGGCAGGCAUUGAUCAACGCCAUGCGCAAUUUCUACCUAACGGCUACGCCGACGAUCACCCAAAUCAUGACGCUGCUGCAAAAAACUUCCGGAACUGCCGCUUACAAUGUCCGAACCGGUCUCCAGGCUCUACUCGUUGAUGUCAACGCACUGGGUGUUGCAGUCCUUGGUUAAGUAGGGUCUUUACCACUGACACCACUUUUUAGAUCAAUUGAUAAUGAUGGUCUCAUCCAUUUCUUAAAGAGCAACUAAUAAAAUUUCUUUUUUUGUAAUACGCGAGUCCAGUAUUUUGUCCCCACUCCAAUGGCGUCCCCAGUAGACCUCAUAGUGUUCAAAAAUCGAAAUUCCAGAGUGCGCAUCAAUCGCUUUUGAUGAAAUACAAUCCUAGUUGGAAGCGCAACCAAACUUUCAAGAAAAAAUAGGCUA